CAACGCAGUCCCAAGCGCAAGCUCUCGGCCACCGAGAAGCGCGCGGCGCGCCAGUGCUGCGUCGAGGGCUGCACCAACUACACCAUCGACCGCGGCCUGUGCUUCCGCCACGGCGGCGGCAAGUCCUGCUCCAAGCCCGGCUGCACGGCCAGCGCCAAGCACCGCGGCCUCUGCUGGAAGCACGGCGGCUCCACGCUGUGCACGGUGGAGGGCUGCACGCGCGGCGCCAAGUCCCGUGGGCUGUGCUGGUCGCACGGCGGCGGCACCAAGUGCUCGGUGGCCGGCUGCCAGAAGACGACGAUCUCCAAGGGGCUGUGCUGGACGCACGGCGGCGGCAAGCGCUGCGCGUUCGAGGGCUGCAAGCGGCCGGCGUCGCAGAGCAAGCAGAACUGCUGCACCAAGCACCAGCCCAAG